AUGGCAGAUGGGAAACCGCUCGCACCCGGCGUCCCGUCGCAUGUGUUCUCUCCGGUCAGGCUUGGAGAAGCAAGCGAGAAACUAUCGCUAUCAGAAGCGAAGGUACUGGUUGCAGACUUUGGCGUGGCUUUCUGCCCGGGGCAAGAGUCGAGGUUCGAGUCUUACACACCACUAGAGAUACGGCCGCCAGAGGCCCGCUUCGAGCCUUUGAAGCCCCUAUCCUUUGCCUCUGACAUAUGGAGCCUUGCGUGCACGAUCUGGGUGAUACUCGGACAGCGGCCGUUUCUCGACACUUUCCUCAUCUCCCAAAACGACGCCACGGGUGACCAGGUCGAUGCCCUGGGACCUUUGCCGCCUGAAUGGUGGGAGAAAUGGGAGACGCGAUCGCGGAAGUUCGCCGGCAACGGAAAACCCAAGGAAGGCCGCCUCGCAUGGUCGUGGGAUCAGCGCUUUGAAGACAGCAUCCAGGAGCCCGGACACGAUGAGGGCAUGGAGACGCUUGACGAGAGGGAAAGGGAUGCCCUCUUCGACAUGGUCCGUUGGAUGCUUGCGUUUCGUCCUGAAGAUCGGCCGAGCGCCCGUCAAGUUCUAGAGACGGCGUGGAUGAAGAACUGGGCGAUCCCCGCGCGUGACAAGACUUGGGAGUGA